CCUGUCUCCUGUCUCCUGACCUGUCUCCUGGCCUGUCUCCUGUCUCUUGUCUCCUAGCCUGUCUCCUGACCUGUCUCCUAGCCUGUCUCCUGACCUGUCUCCUGUCUCCUGGCCUGUCUCCUGGCCUGUCUCCUGUCUCCUGGCCUGUCUCCUGGCCUGUCUCCAGCAGCAUCAUGGUGGACAUUGCUGUGAAGAGUGGAGCUGCUUGGGUCUGCAGCGCUCAGGGACGACACCUGGCUGACGUCCUGCUGUCUGUUGACGUCAGUAACGAAGAGGACCGAGAAGAGGAGCUCAGUCAGUCGGAGGGACUCGAAACAAACUGCGGUGGCCCAGUGCUGUUGGAGCAGACAGAGGAAGGCUCUCCCUGUGUCCUGACGCUCCACUGCAGCCCCUGCUCCCCUACUGCCAUCAGCCGCCUGCUGCUCAUCAGCGAGGCUCGAACCAUGGAGCUGUACAACCAGAUGGGAGAAUACAGCGGGACAGUACGCGGGGAGAGAGACAGCCGCGUCCAGACAGACAGUUCAGACAGAGGGCCUUUCUACAAGAAACAGCUGAUCCUUGAGCAUCCAUCCUCAGCCUGUGAAGUGAAGCUGCUCUCCCUGGCCGGUAGAAGCAGCGUUUUGGUGUGUCGAGUCAUCGUGGGCCUUCAGCAGAUACAGCCCUGCAUGGCCCGCGGCCCCGGCAUCGACAUGCAGCAAGUGCAGUGUCUGGUUGAGGAGAUGGGAACGAGCCUCUCGCCAGGAGCCCAGAACCUCAUGGACAUGGUUCACUUCCAGCAGAAGAACCAGACCGGCUCCCUGGGCGGCUUCCUGCCUCUGCUGAUGGGCGGUGGGGUUUUCUCUGCCAUGACUCAAGGAGCCAACAUCUCCCCAGCAGCCGUCAGCAACCAGCCCCCAUCUGCAGACUCCAGGCCUCCAGUCAGCUCCAUCAGACCUGCAGAUGAAGUUCCACCGGCUCAGAACGGAGCCACAUCCGACGGCUCAAACUCCUCCUCCCCAGACCCGCCGGUUUCUGGUGUCACUACUAGAAAUAUAAUGAGCAGUGAGAGCAGAGGCCCAGUGAGCCACGCCCAGCUGGCAGAGAUGAUGUCACACUUCCUGAAAGGGCAGGGACAUGAGCGGGCGCUAAGCUCUUCCGGACCUGAGUUUCUGCCCAUGCUCCAGAGCGUCUGCGGUCAGGUGACGAAGCUGAGACUGGAUGAUGCUGCAGCGGUGGCAGAGGAGGAGGAGAAGAUGAGAAAUGGCACAUGGGAAUUGGACUCAGCCAUGGAGCGUCGUCUGGAAGAGAUGGAGAGGAGGCUGAAGGAGCACGUGGACCGUCGCCUCGACGCUCUGGAGCAGAAGCUGGAGAGGGCCCUGCUGAGCGCCCUGCCGCAGCUCACCCUCAACCAGGGAGCCGUGAGCAGUUCAGAGGGAGAAACAGCAUCCACCGGACCAUUGGAGCAGACUGCUCUGACACCAGCUAUCCACUGAGUUCAGAACCACUAAAAGACUAACAUGUAACCUGGAAGCCUUUCUGCCCUUGGUCCUCCUAAAACUGACCUUAGUGUCGGUGGAGGGGGGCGCAGACAACAACAGAGACAACAGCAGAAAAAAAGGCUGAAAUAUAUAUGAUUGCAACAAUCUUAUAAAAAAUAUAAGAUAUAAGUUGUCCAUAUAAAGUAUAAAGUCCAGCUGUCAAAGAUGCAGCCUCUGUAACGGUUCGUUUAUCUUUUAUCUUUUGGAAAAUAGCAAACGAAUGCAACUCUUUUUAUCAGCUAAAGUAGGAUUGUGACAUCAGGUUGUGAACACGAUGCAAGUUUGGCCUAAAAAACCAAAAAUGUCUAACUGCAGAAAUCAUAUAUCCCCAAAAAUUAUGUCCUGUGGCUGCAGUGCAUUCUGGGCUAUAAAAAAAGUGUUUUGGAAACCAAAAUGAAGUAAAAUUGAGCAUAGACUCCAGGGAGCCCUCAGUCACAGCCCUGACGUAGAAAAAACAAAGAACAAGCUUUAAAUUACUGCAGUGAUCUUAUUAUUGGCAAAUUUUAACAUGAUAAUAAUUUACAUGCAACACCAGCAGAACACUCAUAUAUUCACAUUAAAAUGUGCAUUUAAACACUCCAAGGUCCUCCCAGGUUUCAUGAUCCACAUGAUCCUCCAGUCAUCCUGACCAACAGUUAUUCUUGUGCACACUUUGUACUGUAACUUCACUCAUCUGCUAUUAAGUGUUUUCAGUCAGUCAGGCAUUAACUGUUUGAUGUGUGGAAAAUCUGAUAAUGAAUACAUAUACUCGUGUUACAGGAGUAUAUAUAGAAGGUGUAACUGAUUAAAAAGUGUUUUAAUAUGGCACUGUUAUGUUUUAAAUAAUGUACAUGUCUGUAACAUAAAUCCGCCAGUGUAAACUAUUAAAAGGACUGUGAUGUUGAUGGUUUUAAUAACUACUGAAAUACAUAGCAAUAAAAAUAUAUUUAUACAGA